CGGAGUUACUGAGGAAGGAGCUCCUCAACAGCAGGUCUAGUGGUACAGGGUUUGUGAGGAGCGGGCUGAGCCUUCUCCAGGGCAGAGGGGGAAGGUGGCAGAGCAGGUGGUGUAGCUCAUCUGACCUGGAUCUUCAGGUAUACUUGAUCCUCACUGAGUGGGGGUGGGGGUACAGUGCCCUCUCAAACUGCCUUUUAGCCCUCAGGAGUUAAGAAAUACUUCAGUAAUUGCUCCGCAAUGUUCUAAAGCCUGGCUUUGGCUGCCAGCCUUGCCUGGCACCCUUCAUAUAACUUGAUCUUCUAAACAAAUACCCAAAUGUCGCAACUAAGCGCGUGGAGCAAGGCUGGCUGUCCUCUUGCCUUGCCCUGCGGAGCCCAUGAUCAGUGCAGUAAGCUGAAAGCUGCAAAUUAAGCCUGGGAAGGGGGCAAGAACCCCAAUCCAUCCUGGCUGCUAGAAACUGGGGGCUGCUGAGCUGUCAUGGGGAACACCACCAGCGAGCGAGUGUCUGGGGAACGCCAUGGCUCCAAGUCCCACCGCUCAGACGGCUCCGGUGCCCCCCACCCCGCCAAGGAGCACCCGCACAAGAUCAUGGUGGGGAGCACUGAUGACCCCAGUGUUUUCAGCUCCCACGAUUCCAAGAUUGCUGGGGACAAGGAGUUUGUGUCGUGGCAGCCAGAUCUGGAGGAGUCAGUGAAACCGUCCCAACAGGCUCGUCCCACUGUCAUCCGCUGGGCUGAUGGAGGCAAAGAGGUCUUCAUCUCCGGAUCUUUCAACAACUGGAGCACCAAGAUCCCACUCAUCAAGAGCCACAAUGACUUUGUCGCUAUCCUGGACCUCCCAGAAGGAGAGCACCAGUACAAAUUUUUUGUGGAUGGCCAAUGGGUCCAUGACCCAUCUGAGCCUGUGGUCACCAGCCAGAUGGGGACGAUUAACAACCUGAUUCACGUCAAGAAGUCUGACUUUGAGGUCUUUGAUGCUUUGAAGGUGGAUUCCUUGGAGAGCUCAGAAACCUCAGGUCGGGACUUAUCAAGCUCACCCCCCGGACCUUAUGGCCAAGAAAUGUACGUAUACCGGCCCGAGGAGCGCUUCAAAUCCCCACCCAUCCUCCCGCCUCACCUCCUCCAGGUCAUCCUGAACAAGGACACCAAUAUCUCGUGUGACCCCGCACUGCUGCCCGAACCCAACCACGUCAUGCUCAAUCACCUCUACGCGCUCUCCAUCAAGGACGGCGUGAUGGUGCUCAGUGCCACGCACCGCUACAAGAAGAAGUACGUCACCACGCUGCUGUACAAGCCCAUCUGAGCCGGGGCCUCGCCCGCCCCCCCCAACGCAGGACACGAAAAGCCGCUUUGUCUGCACACACUGGGCCACGGGACUCUGUGAGAACUGGCCGCUGGCUCCAGCCUCGAACCUGGCAGGGACGCGGGCCCAGGCGCUGAGCCCAGGGCCGCUGGGGCCUGUGACACUGCCCCAUCCUACUGGUGUGGUUUGAUUUAACCCUUGGUUUCCACCCACCUACAGCUCCCCUUGGCUUCUGUGAGUCUCUGGGGCCACUUUGUUUGCUGCUCACCAGAACAGCCUUUCCUCACGCCCAACACGGAAAGGGCUUCACGCUACCCGACUUCUCCAGCCUGCAAGCGCCCCGAGGUGGUCCUGGCACUGUCCCCCAGGCCUCCGGGAAUGUGUCCUGCCUGCUGAAGGUUGCUGUGCUGUCCUGGUGAUGGGCCUCCGAGGCCACCUUCAUCCCUAGGGGCUCUGGGACACCCCAGCCUGCCACCCGCCCCUCGGCUCUGGCUGCAGCCCCAGCCCUCUGCCAGGUUCGGCGUCGAGCCAGCGGGAGGGAGGUUACAGCCGGACGCAGCCACGCUUACCUGCGGCCGGGACGGCCCCGUCGAGGACUGAACGCCCCGUCCCCAACCUCGAGUGCUUCUGCGGGGCAGGGCUGGCUUCGUCACAGCCGGAGGGGCACCUGCACCCACCCACGCUGGAGGGGGCCCAGGGAGAGCGGAGCAGGGCAGGUACCCCAGGGCCCCGGCUACACCGCCCGCCGCCGGAGCAGUGCCAUGUGACAGGGUUUUCUCUAUUUAUUACAGUAUUUAUUGUUCUCGGU